AUGAAGCAUCUUCUCAUUCUCGUUGCACUUAUUGGAAUUACAUUGGCUUGUGGUCCUAAAAAUGAUUACCACGAUGAAGAGUAUAAGCAAGGGCCACUAGGGCCGGCAGGACUAGCGGGGCCAGCCGGGCCAGCUGGGCCAGCAGGGCCGGCAGGGCCAUCAGGGGUAGUGUUGAUAAUACGGCGCACAGAAGAGGAAAAUGGAGGACGUCGAGCAGAAAGAGAAGCGAAGGCCUGUGGUCCUAAGCACGUUUACCACGGUGAAGAUUAUAAGCAAGGGCCACCAGGGCCUGCAGGGCCUGCAGGGCCAGCGGGGCCAGCAGGAGCGGCAGGGCCACCAGGAGUAGUGUUGCUAAUACGGCGCAGAGAAAGGGAAAAUGGAGGACGCCGAGCAGAAAGAGAAGCGAAGGUGACCGACGAGGUGCUGGAAGACAUCCAUAACCAUUAA